AUGGGUUUGAAAGACAUUGCGAAGAAGGGAAUGGGUGAUGCUGCAGAGCCAUCUGGUUCUAAAAAAAGAUUUUUCCAGCUAAGAUUGAAUCUCGUUCUCUCCGAUUUUGACUUCGAGGAUGAAGUUCCUAAUUUUGAAGUGAAGCCUAAAGUUAAACCCAAGGCAAUGGAGUUUGACCAAAGAGAGCGAGACCUGGGAGUCUUCUCAAACAAGAUCGAGAGAGACCAUCUCAAAUCAGGCGAUCACAUCUAUUCAUGGAGGCAUGCCUAUAUCUAUGCUCAUCACGGAAUAUAUGUUGGAGAGGGAGAGGUGAUCUACUUCACCAGAGGAAGAGGCCAAGAAAUUGGGACAGGAACUGUUCUGGACCGCUUCAUUUUCAGCUCCUCACCCUCUCAUUCUGAGGAUAUUCCCUGUCCAAGAUGCGGAGAUCAGUCGAUGGUGAACGGUGUCAUCUCUUCUUGCCUAGACUGUUUCCUCUGGGGUGGAGAAUUGUAUCGAUUUGAGUAUGGAGUCAACCCCAUUUUCUUUGUAGCCAAAGCUCGAGGAGGGACCUGCACGCUAGCCUCAUCCGAUCUACCAGAAGAUGUUCUCUACCAUGCCUCUUACCUAAUUGAAAAUGGGUUUGGUGUUUAUGAUCUUUUCAAGAACAACUGCGAGGACUUCGCCAUAUAUUGUAAGACAGGGUUGCUUGUGUUCACUAGCAUCAGCGUGGGUAGGAGUGGACAGGCUACUUCUUUCUUGGCUGCAGCCGAUACCAUUGUUUCGUCACCACUUCAGUUUCUGACUUUUGCCGGCUUCCCUGGCCUUGCAGUUGUUGGUUGUGGAAUGUACUGUGCUAGCCGUGUGCUUUCUGAUAUUGGAAUUCGUCGAGAUGUCACUAAAGUUUCAGUUGAGACGCUUGUUGCUCGUGACGCCUCUACUGAAACUGUCACUGUUAGUAAAAAAGACUAAGGUAUUAUACAUACAUACAUAUAUAUAUAUAUAUUCAUGUGGAGACACUGAACCGAUUACUCUCUCUCUCUCUUUAAAAUGUCAAAGAGGACUGAGCUGGAGUGGAGACUGGCACUUAUGUUUGUUUCGAUUUGUUUAAUUUUCUAAAGGGGAGUUUGUUGUGUGCAUGCAGUGCAUUUGCCUUUUGAUAAAAAUGUUCAUCUGAUAUAAUACCUGAAUUUGUGCA